AUGUACCACACUGGAUUCUUUGGCAUGAAUCAUGGAUCCCUACAUCAACCACAUCAUUUAACUAUGAAUCAAGAGAUGUUAAUUGGAGAGCAGGACAAAUCAUUGGAACCCGAAAACCCACCUCAACCAGCAGCGGCGCCAGUGAAACGGGAGAAGCGUCGUUACAGAUGUCGUAAGCGUAGUCCGGCGACCAUUGAACGGGCCAAAACGGUCCGUCGAGAUAAGGCAAACGCUCGUGAGAGACGCAGAAUGAACAGUUUGAAUGAUGCAUUGGAGACACUUCGAGAGAUCCUUCCAGCACUUCCAGACGAGCCGAAAAUGACCAAAAUCGAGACGUUGAGAAAGGCACAAGAGUAUAUUGCCAGUCUGUCCUACCAGCUCCACGCCGGCUCCUCGUCCCCCUCAUCCACCCAAUGCUGUGAAACUGGCUCAUGUGGCAUGUGCUCCGUGAGCCCGUCACUUCAAUCCACCCCAUUCCAAUCUCCAUGUUUCCCACAGCCAUCACAACUACAGUAUCCCGGCUACAGUAUGCCUGGAGGACAGGCGUACUUCAAUCCACAAGUUGUUCAUCAUCAACAAUCACCACACUUCCCGAAACAUUGA